UUGCGCACAAUAUUAAUUUGCAGCUGUUUAUGGACUUCAUAAAGACGGAAAAAUGGCCGAAGAAGAGUGUGAAAUAAAGAUCGCGGUUGUAGGAGAAUCAGGAGUUGGUAAGAGCUGCAUUAUCAGCAGUUUUUGUAGCAGUAAGGAAGGGGAGACGACAGAAGGAAAUGGGGGAAAGUUGCACGGCUCCCCAACCCACAGUAAACAUGCGAAUUCUGUGUCACCGGCAGGUCAGGAAAUAACAAUAGAGAAAAUUGAAGUGGAGGGCAAAGAGAUCAGACUUCAAAUAAUUGAUGCAGCUGGAACUAAAGACAUUCGGAAAUCACUUUUCAAAGGAGCCAGAGUAAGUAUAACUUAUUGUAAGAUACUACUUUUAGAAGAGCAGGGUCCUGAUUUAAAACACUAGCAUAAGACCAGGUUUUGCUUGUUCUGAUCAACAGAACAUACCCAUUAGUUAAUUAGACUGUCUAAGCUCCAGACAGCUGCAUGGGGGAAACUGAAUGAUUGUGAUAUUUUCUAACUUACACUAAGAAACUUAGGCUGUUUAACCCAGCGUUUAUUUAACUGGUGCAAAGCCAUGCAGUUUUUAGGCCUUUUAGGCCCGGAAUUUAAUAAAGAAAAUAUGGUUUAGGGGUAUUUCAAGGGUGUCAGGGCCUCUUCAUAUGAGCCCUCUAACCGGGCUGGCUCGGUCUCGGGGACGGCAAGUUUUGUGUUUGUUCGUAUGGGAAAUUUCAGCCCGGUCGACUUAGAUGGCAAAAGAUUUGAACGGAAUUUAAAACAAAACCAAAAUGGUGUAACAUAAACGUCUCGUUCGCGACUGCUUUGUGG